AUGCGUUACUUUCACGAUCCAAUAAUUACGUGUCUGCAAUGCCUUGAUUUGAUCGAACUACAGGAUCCCGGUCAAAAAUGCGAAGUCUACAACAGCCUUGUACAAAUUCUUCCCUCCAUUCCUAAGAAAGUGAUCUACAAACAUAUUUAUCCAAUCCUUUUGAAUGAGUGUCGGGGAACAGAUAUUACAUUAGCAAUGUCACCUUUGCUGAGUAUAAUUGAAUUAGCAUCAAGAGAAGAAUACACAGAGCUAAUUCUUGCCGACGUCCGUACAAUCAUGGGCAUGUCGAAACCGAUACAAUCAACUGCUUACCUUUUGGAUAAAUUGUCUAUUAUUCUGGCAAAAUCUCCCAAAGAGGAAAUCAAAACAGAGGUUCUUCCACUGGUUUUCAACACAUUAGAUUCUAAUUCACUUCAGGGACAGGAAGCAGCUUUAACAAGUAUCGGUGUUAUCAAAGAGUACGUGGAUGAUCAAGUCAUUAAAAAGAUUGUUUUGCCGAGAGCAAAGAAUCUUUUCGCACGAUCAAGCAAUGUUAAAAUGAAGAUCAAUGCAUUAACCUGUAUAAAGAAGCUACUCGAUAGUCUGGACAAGAUGAUCAUUCUUGAUGAGGUGCUACCGUUCCUCACUGAAAUCUCCUGUCAGGAUGCUGAAGUUGUAAUGACAAUAAUUGGUAGGUACACCAUCAGGUCAAACGAAGGAAAAAGCAGUUGA